AUGUUCCGACACGGCGUGCGACGAAUAGCGACGACGGCGCGCAGAGCAGCGGUUGCUGCUCCCGCUGCUGCGAAGGACCCGAGUCCGUACACGUUAGCUGUCUCGAAGGCACAGGGUGUUGCGAAGGGUUUGACUGGAGCAAUCGGCAACACCCCCCUAAUCCGCAUGAACACUCUCUCCCAACAAACCGGCUGCGAAGUCCUCGGCAAAGCCGAAUUCAUGAACCCAGGCGGGUCCGUCAAAGACCGCGCGGCCCUCUACGUAGUCCUCGACGCCGAAGAACGCGGGCUCUUAAAACCGGGGGGUAUAGUCGUCGAAGGCACAGCAGGGAACACAGGUAUCGGACUGGCGCACGUAUGUAGAUCCCGAGGUUACAAAUUAGUUAUAUACAUGCCGAACACGCAAUCCCAAGGUAAAAUCGACCUCUUGAGGUUGUUGGGUGCUGAGGUAUACCCCGUCCCGGCAGUCGCCUUCGAUAACCCGGAGAAUUAUAAUCAUAAGGCGAAACGCCAUGCGGAGAGGUUGGGAGAGGGGAAUGCGGUGUGGACGAAUCAGUUUGAUAAUACGGCGAAUCGACGCGCGCAUGUUGAGACUACGGGACCGGAGAUUUGGGCCCAGACGCAGGGGAAGGUGGAUGCGUUUACGUGUGCUACGGGGACGGCUGGGACGUUGGCGGGUGUUACGCGGUACUUGAAGGACGUUUCCGGUGGUAAGGUGAAAUCUUACCUUGCGGAUCCGCCGGGGUCGGUGUUGCAUUCGUAUAUCCAAUCCGGCGGCAAGCUCGUUGAGCGCAGUGGGAGCAGUAUCACGGAGGGUAUUGGGCAGGGGCGUAUAACCGAUAACUUAGCACCUGAUCUCGCGCUACUGGACGGGAGUUUACAUAUCGCGGAUGAGAAGAGCAUAGCGAUAGUAUACCGAUGUCUCGAGGAAGAAGGAUUGUACCUCGGUGCUAGUAGUGCGUUGAAUGUCGUUGCUGCGAAGGAAGUUGCGGAGUUAUUAGGUCCCGGGCAUACGGUUGUGACGAUGUUGUGUGAUGGCGCGUAUAGAUAUGCUGAGAGGUUGUUCUCGAGGAAGUGGUUGGAGAGUAAGGGACUAUUGGGUGCGAUACCGAAAGGUUUGGAGAAAUAUAUCGUGUUGCCCUAG